AUGCCUUUCCGAGUCCCUCCCCCCAUCCACCCCGCUCCCCUCCCCAAGCGAAGGAACACCAGACGCCUUCCCAGCAAUAAUGUGCUCCGACGCCUCCAACCACCCUCUAACCCCUUCCGAAUUCGCGCGUACGCCCUCAUCCUCCAAAACAUCUCCUACUCCGCCGGCGCGGUCCAGUCUGAAUUCCGGCUUUCCUGCAUCGGGAGGACGGUCCGGCCAAAGUGGGAGCUCUCCCCGGACUUUAGCUGGUCGCAGGGUGUCAAAACGGCGUUUCCGAUACUAUUUGUCAAUAACGAUGCUGAUAAUGUUACGCCUUUGGUCUCGGCGAGGAAUAACUCGCGGGCUUUCCCCGGGUCGAGGGUGCUGGUUCAAGAGGAGGGGUAUGGGCAUACUAGUCUUGCGGCGGGGAGUAGGUGUACUGCUGGGUGGGUGAGGAGGUAUUUUCAGCAGGGGGAGAUGCCGGACGGAAAGGAGGGGUGUAAGAGCGAUAGGAGGCUUUUCGACGAGGAGGAGGAAAUGAUGGGCCAAGAGGAUGAGCUAGGAGUGGCGGUGAGGGGGUUGAGAAAGAAGGUCAGGAUUAGGCCGUUUUACUGGGGCUGA